CGGCGGUUGCAGGGGCGGCUGCGGGCACGGUAGCAGGAGGGGCGCCGGGAGUGAGGUGAGGCGCGCGGCCCAGAGCAGCAGCAGGAGGCGCAGGAGGAUGGAGGGACCGCCGCCGGAGGGAGACGCCGAAGUCUCCGAGCCCUGGUUGUCCAAGUGGGAGCGCCAGUGCCUGGCCGAGGCCGAGGCCGAGCAGGGCGAGACGCUGCCCCCGGAGCAGCAGGCGGAGGCGACCGCCGAGGCUGAGGGGAUCCGCGGCGAGCUGCAGCGGGUGUGGCACCUCUUCCAGCUCGCCGCCAACGCCGUGGCCCAGCUCUACCAGGACUCGGAGUGCCAGCAGCCGGAACAGUCCGUGUGGGACCCCUUCCAGAGGGCUGCCAUGGCCGUGACCGACCUGUACAAGGAGAGCGGGGACGACGCUCGCCGCCGCUGUCUGGACCUGGGCGUCCAGGUGGGCUGCCGCCGUCGCGUCGGGGACGUGCUGGAGUGGGCCAAGAAGGGCCGCAGCACCAUCCGCCGCGAAGACCUCAUCAGCUUCCUCUGCGGCAAAGCGCCCCCCGAGGCGCCACCGCCGCGCGCCCCCAGGACGCCCCCGAAGCCACCUGCCGGUGCCGCCGGCCAGGCUGCUGUCACCGAGUCCAACCCCUCUGUGGACGUCGACCUGCAGCUCUUCCACGAGGCCGCCGCGCUGCAUGGCCUAGAUGGCGCUGCGGCGAGCGUCGGCGUGCCAACAGGGGCGCCCGGCUCCCCGCCCCAAGGCAGCGGUGUCGCCUGCGGUGGGCGCACGCAAAGCAGCUUCCUCGAGGACGACCUGAACCGCUUCGGCUCAGAAGAACUGGGUCUUCACCUGGACAGUGGGGGUAUCCGAAAGCGCCCCUCGACCCAGCUCGGCGACUGCUUCACAGACUCCCCGUCCCACAAGCGCAACCGAAUGGUCUAACCUGCCUCUUUGGUGGCCAACUGCGAUGUUGCUUGAGAGCUAAGGGACUUUCAGUGUGCUUGAAGAAAGGACACUGAGAUUCUUCUUUCCCUAAAUUAAACAUUUCUGUGAAGUUUACCAAAAA